GCGCGGGGGCGGCCAGGCGUGCGCCCAGGUGACCUGAGCUGGGCGCUCCUCUGUGCAGGCCUGUGAGGCCCGGUUCGCGCUGGGGGACGCGCAGAUGGUCCCCAUGUCACACGGGAAAGCUACUGAUGUAGUGGUUCUGCAGAAGGGUCUGGGAUAUCAGAUUCCCCCCUUUUAAAGACGGAUGACUUCAGAUCUGCAAGGGAUCUUAGAAACCACCCUUAGGAGUCGAUCCGUGCAGAGCGGGGCUUAGAGCCGCGGCCUUCGUCUCCAGCCCGGCGCUCUGUCUCCACCCCGGAGACGCUGCCUACCGGUCCACGUUUCAGAGUUUGGUUUUUUCCUCCUCUGGUUGAAUUCAUAAAAAUGUUGUCAUCCAUACGUGCUUUUUUUUUUUUUUUUAGGAAGAAAUUGUCUAAAAUAUCAUAAAGUCAAGUAAAUCCCACUUACUCUUUCAAGUCAAGAAAGUAAAAGUGAGGGUUGCUCUCUUUCACCUGGGAUAUCCUGUGUUUUGUCACCCCGAACACCCAGUGGUUGUCAUCCUCAUGAUGUCAGAGGGGAAAUCUCCUGACGAAAAAAGACCCCGUAGAAGCUUAUCUAUCAGCAAAACUAAAAAACAAGGAUCUAUUAUUUCGUACUUUAACAAUGCACCACCUGCUAAACUUGCCUGCCCCAUUUGUAGUAAAAUGGUGCCAAGAUAUGACUUAAACCGGCACGUUGACGAAAUGUGUGCUAACAACGAUGACUUUGUUCAAGUUGAUCCAGUACAGGUUGGCUUAAUGACAUCACCUGUAACCACUGUGGAUUUAACCAAUAUCGCCUUAGAAAAUGUAAGGCCAAAGAAUUCAUCACCACCAAAGACGAGUCUAACUCCUGGCCAAAGGGAUUCAGCAAAAAUGGGUGUAAAACAGCAGACCAGUCCCUACUUUAAAAGUAAUGAUGACUUUGUGUGCAAUAGUCAGGAUGAACUGAGAAAUCGUGAUGUGAAAGUCAUUUCUUUGGGAAGCCUGUCUUCUAAAUUGUCCAGAAAAUACAUAAAUGCUAAAAAUUCAAUAGAUAAGAAUGAAGAAUUUGCAAUUCAUAGUCCACAGAGUUCUGUAUCCACAGUCAUGAGGAGCCUGGUUGAUAACUGUUCAGUAACUGCGGACAAAGAUCAAAUUUUGGAGAACAGUUCUCAAAAGGAAAACAUUUUUACAUGUGAUUCUCUAAAUGAAGAGUGUACUCCUGAACAUACGGCAAAAAAGAGUAAAAUGAUGGACACUGAGAGCCAAGAGGCUACCCAGGAAUGUGGGAAAUCAGUCCUUGCCCCAGGCUUCUCAGAUAAUGCUCCCAUUUCAAUUUCACCAGGUGUAACUCUUUGGAAUAAAUUAAAGUCCAGUUCAGAAGACAGUCUUGUAAAGCAGGAGGGUGUCAAAGGAGUAGACGGUAAAGAUGUUGAAGGGUGUGAGGCACGUAAUUGUGAAGAGGUAAAAAUGACUGUUGCUUCAGAAGCUAAAACACAGUUGCCAGAUUCAGAGGCGAAAUCUUGUAGUUCUGCAAAUGAUGCUUCUAAAUGGAGUCACACCCAAGAACUUCCUCUGGAAGGUGCCAGUGGCUUAAAGAGUGAGAUCACUUGCAGCAUUCCUUUGGAGCAGGGGUCAGACUGCAAUGUUCCUGGAAAAACAACUCAAACGCCACCGAAUCACCCUUACUACCUUCGGAGUUUCCUUGUGGUGCUGAAAGCCGCACUUGAGAAUGAAGAUGAUAUGAUGCUCUUUGAUGAGCAGGAGAAGGGAAUACUAACUAAAUUUUAUCAAUUAUCAGCUAGCGGUCAGAAGUUGUAUGUGAGGCUCUUUCAACGUAAAUUAAGCUGGAUUAAGAUGGAUAAACUAGAAUAUGGAGAGAUUGGCCCAGAUUUAACAUCUGUGGUUGAGGAGUUGAAGCACACGGGCUUUCUGCAGACAGAAUCUGAGUUGCAAGAACUCUCUGAAGUACUUGAACUACUUUCUGCUCCUGAACUAAAGACCCUGGCCAAGACCUUCCACUUGGCGAACCCCAACGGACAGAGACAGCAGCUGGUGGACGCCUUUCUCAAAUUGGCCAGACAGCGUUCAGUGUGCACUUGGGGCAAGAAUCAGCCUGGAAUCGGUGCAGUGAUUUUAAAAAGAGCUAAAGACUUGGCUGGACAGGCACUCAGAUUGUGUAAAGGCCCCAGGGCUGUGUUUUCCCGGGUCUUGCUGCUGUUUUCAGUGACCGACUCAGUGGAGGAUGAAGAAGCUGCGUGUGGUGGCCAGGGACAGCUUUCUACUGUGCUGUUGGUCACUCUCGACCGAAUGCAGUUUCCUAGUUACACUAUCAAUCGAAAAACCCGAAUCUUUCAAGACAGAGAAGAUCUUAUCAGGUAUGCAGCUGCUGUGCACUUGCUGAGUGACAUUUCCACUGCGAUGGCCAGUGGGAACUGGGAAGAAGCUAAGGAGCUCUCUCAAUGUGCAAAGAGGGACUGGGACAAACUGAAAAACCACCCUUCCUUGAGAUACCAUGAGCAAUUACCACUGUUUCUGCGGUGUUACACUGUUGGGUGGAUUUAUACAACGAUUCUGUCUCGGAAUGUUGAAAUAUUGCAGAGACUUCACCUGUAUGAGGAAGCCGUCAAGGAACUGGAAAGCCUUUUGUCUCAGAGAAUUUAUUGUCCUGACAGCAGAGGCCGAUGGUGGGAUCGACUGGCUCUUAACUUACACCAGCACUUGAAGCGCCUGGAACUGGCUAUUAAGUGCAUCAUGGAAGGGCUGGCGGAUCCAGAUGUGAGAACAGGGCACCGUCUUUCACUUUAUCAGAGAGCUGUGCGCCUGCGAGAGUCUCCAAGCUGUAAAAGGUACACGCAUCUCCUCCAUCAGCUACCAGAAAUGAGCGUGGGAGACGUGAGGCACGUGACCAUCACGGGCAGGCUGUGCCCGCAGCGUGGGAUGGGCAAGUCUGUGUUUGUGAUGGAGGCCAGGGAGGCUGCCACCCCCACCACGGUCCUGUGCUCUGUGGAGGAGCUGGCGCUGGCCUAUUACAGACACAGUGGCUUUGACCAGGGGAUUCAUGGGGAAGGGUCUACCUUCAGCACCCUGUGUGGCCUCCUCUUGUGGGAUGUAAUCUUCAUGGAUGGGAUACCUGACGUCUUCAGAAACGCCUACCAGGCCUUCCCACUGGACUUGUACACAGACAGCUUCUUCACCAGCAGGGGGCCAGCCCUUGAGGCCAGGCUGCAGCUGAUUCACAGUGCCCCUGCCAAGAGCCUGCGAGCCUGGGUGGCAGCUGUGUGGCAUGCCCAGGAGGGCAGAGUGGCUUCCCUUGUUAACUGGGAUCGCUUCACUUCUCUUCAGCAAGCUCAGGAUCUUGUCUCCUGCUUGGGAGGCCCUGUCCUCAGUGGUGUGUGCAGGCGCCUGGCUGCUGACUUUCGACACUGCCGAGGGGGCCUCCCUGACCUGGUGGUGUGGAACUCCCAGAGUCAUCGCUUUAAGCUGGUAGAAGUUAAAGGCCCCAGUGAUCGUCUUUCACAGAAGCAAAUGAUCUGGUUGGAUGAACUGCAGAAGCUGGGGGCUGAAGUAGAAGUCUGCCACGUGGUUGCAGCUGGAGCUAAAAGCAAAGGCCUUGGCUAAGAUGGUCAUACGUUGAUAUUCCCUACAGGAGAAAACGGAAAUGAGGAGGAGAGAAAGUCUGGUGUCCCCGAGGUGCCAUGCGGGCCACUGGCUCUGAAGUACAGCCUGCUCUGGCCCAGCUCCGCAUAGCAGGCUUCCAAAGGGCCGCUGCACUGCUGCCGCACCAUCCUGCUGAGCACGUCCACUUCAUCAGCCAGGAGCGAGAGCUUGUGAAAGGCAGUGAUGACACCCCCGAGGUUGAUCUGAGCCUCGGGGACCCAGCGGAAGUAGCACAGUUUCCACAGUUUUAUGUAUGUUCCAGAGAGAUGUGGCAGAAUAACUCCGUGCAGGUCGACCGGUUUGGAAAACCAUUCUCUAAAAUACUGCUCCAUAUCACUGUUCUGGCUGUCAGUUUGCUGAAUGGGGUCUGGCUUUAGUUUUAAUAUUAAUGAAUUUCUUCUUGGAAGUAAUUCUUGGUCACCGAUGAGUCCAUUCUUUAAAGAAGAUGGCAUUCCUCUUAGUGUGGAGCUGUAGCUUUUCUGUGCAGAAGAGAGAUUUCAGCAUUAUUUUCCUAGUGCUUCCCUCUUUCAGAAAGACUGUAAAGGUGCAGUGGCAAAUAUAAAAUUAGCAUUACAAAAAACUGAUGCAAUCUCAGUUCACCAGAAUAUUUCCAUUCUUUGUAGUGCUUAAUCCUCCCCCCAGUAAUUAAACUUUUUUAAAGGUGUUGACCACCUAGGCAAUUACCACCAGCCUGAAUGGGGGUAGGGAGGUGAGUGCAUCCAAUUCAUUAAUUUCCUUAAGUGCAACUUUCUAAGACAUCUGGAUUAGGGAAAAAUCCCCAGACCUGGGUGAUUCUAGAAAUAAGAAUGGGCAGACUGGAUGUGUUUCAGGAAACGGGCUCCCAGGCUCAGAGUUGCAGUGCUGAUCAGGGUCUCAUGGGCCUCAGACACAAAAAACAAAACUCGGGAUACAGCCCUUUCAGUUACAAGGGGAAUGAGCCCUUAGAAGUCUGCGUGAGCAGUGUCACCGUGGGAAGUGACUUCACUUUUAAUAGUAUGUUCUGAAAAAAAGAUGUGUGUGACCAAGGUCCAACGCUCGAUCCCUGUACCAGUCAGCCACCAAAAAAAAAAAAGCAUGUGGUUACAUGAGAACCAACAACAUAUUGUUAGUUGUAAUUUACCUUUGUCCGUUUAAAAGACUUCACAGUGCCAUUCUGUACACAAGGUGUGCUCUUUCCAAUGUAGGAGGGGCUGUGGAAAAGGGUACGGUCCUUUGCCGUAAACUGAAGAGACCAGUCCCAAACUGAGGGGAAUUUUAAGCCCUUUUCAUCACCCAAUUGGAUAUUUUUGCUUAUAGCAAACUCCUGCAAAAUAAAAUAUUUGAAUGUUUGUAAAAAGAUGCAAAACUAAAGAUUUUCUCAUGAGUUCCUUUUUCUGAGGAGCCAUUCAUCAUUACACAGGCUGAACAUUCUGAACUAGAGCACUCAGAACCCUCUAGAGCAGCACUUCCACUUCCAGGGAGAGGAGAGGCGUUCCUAGCCCAGGUGAAAGGAGGCUUGACUCUCUGCGGGAACAAGAGCACCGCCCCCUCCACACCCUCUGCGCAACGAGGGUGUCACUAAGACAAGCACAACUUCGAGGGUGUCACUAAGACAAGCACAACUUCGCUAACACUAUACACCAAGUCUUCAAC